GGCGCGACGAGGGGGAGGCGGCGGCGAGCGGCGCUUCGCUGUGUCACGGCGAGGCCCGGCCCGGCGGGGACGGCGGAGCGCGGCCGGCCAUGGAGUACCUCAUCGGCAUCCAGGGCCCCGACUACGUCCUGGUGGCCGCCGACACCGUAGCGGCCUCCAGCAUCCUCCAGAUGAAGCACGACCAUGACAAAAUGUUUAAAAUGAGUGAGAAGAUCUUACUGCUGUGUGUUGGGGAGGCUGGAGACACUGUACAGUUUGCAGAAUACAUCCAGAAAAAUGUUCAACUCUACAAAAUGAGAAAUGGUUAUGAAUUGUCUCCUACUGCAGCUGCAAAUUUUACACGCAGAAACCUAGCUGAUUAUCUUCGGAGUCGAACCCCUUACCAUGUCAACCUUCUCUUGGCUGGCUACGAUGACCAUGAAGGUCCAGCCCUUUAUUACAUGGAUUAUCUUGCAGCUCUGGCUAAAGCUCCCUUUGCAGCACAUGGAUAUGGUGCAUUCCUUACCCUCAGCAUCCUUGACCGCUAUUACAAGCCAAGUAUCACACGUGAGGAAGCUGUAGAGCUCCUAAAGAAAUGUCUAGAGGAGCUUCAGAAACGCUUCAUCCUGAAUCUGCCUUCUUUCAAUGUCCGGUUCGUUGACAAAGAUGGCAUCCAUGAAGUGGACAAUAUACUCCUUCCCAAAGCGAUAUCCUAACCUGUGAGAUCGAUCUUCAGUGGUAGUCUUUUUUGUUCACUUUCAGAUUUUUCUAUUCAUUUGAAGCACACAAGUCAUGUACUGCACUGGGAUAUCAAAUAAAGAUUCACAUUUAUAUA